GAAGCUCAGCACAGGGGGCGGCGUGGCGGCGACCGGCUGGACGCAGAGCGCAGGCCGGGUGCAGGGGGUCUCCGCGCCGUAUCCGGUCCUGGGAGGCAGUCGCGUAAGGCGCGAGGACACGGGGGGCUCGAGCGCGCAUUGGCAACAGGGAGGCGGGCGAGCCCACGGCACCGCGCCCCCCGCGUCCCCGCCCCCGCGCUGCGGAGAAUGGGCACCUCGGGCCGCGGGGCGCAGCCGGAGAAUAAACCCCAAUGAUCACGGGCUGAGUCCGCGCCACCACCAUGUCCGUGGCCUUCGCGUCGGCGCGGCCGAGAGGCAAAGGGGAGGUCACUCAGCAGACCAUCCAGAAGAUGCUGGAUGAGAACCACCAUCUGAUCCAGUGUAUCCUGGACUACCAGAGCAAAGGCAAGACAGCUGAGUGCACCCAGUACCAGCAGAUCCUGCACCGGAACCUGGUCUACCUGGCCACCAUAGCAGACUCCAACCAGAACAUGCAGUCUCUGCUUCCCGCGCCUCCAACACAGAACAUGAACCUCGGCCCCGGAGCACUGAGUCAGAGCGGUUCCAGCCAGGGGCUGCACCCCCAGGGCAGCCUUAGUGAUACUGUCAGCACAGGCCUGCCCCCUGCCUCCCUCAUGCAGGGCCAGAUCGGUAACGGUCCAAACCACGUGUCCAUGCAGCAGACAGCCCAGAGCACGCUGCCCACAACCUCCAUGAGUAUGUCAGGCAGUGGCCAUGGUACUGGGCCUGGGUACAGCCACUCGGGCCCUACCUCACAGAGUGUCCCCAUGCAAGGGCAAGGUGCCAUCAGCAACUAUGUGUCUCGGACCAACAUCAACAUGCAGUCCAACCCAGUCUCCAUGAUGCACCAGCAGGCAGCCACGUCCCACUACAACUCAGCACAGGGUGGAAGCCAGCAUUAUCAGGGCCAGGCACCUAUUGCCAUGAUGGGCCAGAGUGGCCAAGGAGGCAGCAUGAUGGGGCAGCGGCCCAUGGCGCCCUACCGACCCUCCCAGCAAGGCUCUUCCCAGCAGUACCUGGGCCAGGAGGAGUACUACAGUGAACAGUACAGCCACAGUCAGGGCUCUGCAGAGCCCAUGAGUCAACAGUACUACCCUGACGGCCAUGGUGACUACGCCUAUCAGCAGUCGUCCUACACAGAGCAGAGCUACGACCGCUCAUUUGAGGAUCCCACACAGCACUACUACGAGGGGGGAAACUCCCAGUACAGUCAGCAGCAGGCUGGGUACCAGCAGGGCACAGCACAGCAGCAGACCUACCCCCAGCAACAGUAUCCCAACCAGCAGAGCUACCCAGGGCAGCAGCAGGGCUACGGCCCCGCCCAGGGAGCCCCCUCACAGUACUCAAGCUACCAGCAAGGACAAGGUCAGCAGUAUGGAAGUUACAGAACAUCGCAGACGGGACCUUCUGCCCAGCAGCAGCGGCCUUAUGGCUAUGAGCAGGGCCAGUAUGGAAAUUACCAGCAAUAAAGGACAAGUGUUGUCUUUGGAUCCUUCACGGUAGUAUGUUCUGGAUGAGCUGGUGGCAGUUCUGAUGAGUAGCGACAUGUUGGUCACCUUCUCUGCCCAGUGCCGUGUCUGCAUGAGAGGCAGGCUCGUUUCGUGCUGGGUGUGAUGCAGUGAGCACCACUGGCUGCGAUGGCGUGACAUGUCUGGUGCUGUGUAAAGUAUUGUAUAUCGGUACGGUGGGGAGGUUGUCCUGUUUGUGUCCCCCACCCCCUCCCUGAUGUUCUUAGCUAGCUUUGGGGUCACCGUGUCAUCACAUGUUCUGUGCCCGGUGAUGAGACAAUGUCUAAGAGACAUCAUGGUUCCUGCUACCGUGAACAGACUCAGUCUGCCCCCCUCAUACCAUUGUUGCAAAGUGGACUGUAAAUGUUUUUUCAACUGGCGGCUCAUAGCUUGACAUACAUACACCGCUAGGUGGCCAUCUCCUCUGUGCCUAAGUAGGGCUUGGGGACACUUUCUGUGUCUUGGGUCAUGUCACUAUAGCAAGGAAAAUGUGCUUUGUGUGCAAGGACCAUGAGCUGUCCUUUCUAGAACUUACAGUUGCCUGUGUCUCUCCAGUUUCCAUGAUCCCAAAGUGUGUCUUUGUAUUAGCGAGUGAAGAGGGAUCGGUGACUGAGGGGAGCCUUCCCUAAGAAGGGCGCUGUCUGAAGAGUAAUUCCCGCCGUCUCCCAGUUGCGUGUGUGCAGUGUGGCUUUGGCCCUCAGUUAUUUGACAUCUCUAGAAUUUGAGUGUGCCCAAACCUAAAUUUAUAGAGAAUUUAAAGUGCUCAUGUUUAAUUUUACGAGCAGUUGGCAAGUUUAUAUUACUUCUUCAGGACCUGAGUUCAGAUUGCCAAGCAGAUGUCCCUUUACGUUUAGGGAAGUCUGAAACCCACACUGCAUUUUUAAUAGAUCCAAAUAACUUUAUUAUGUUCUUUCAAAUGAAAAGGACAAGUUUUAUACAGUGAAAAUUGAGUGAUUUUUUUUUUUUUACUAUCCCUAGGAUGUUUAAUCUUGUUUUAAUUCUGUGCAAACAUGAGAGACAGCGUUUUUUGGAAAGGUUCUGUCAAAGGAAAACAGCACAUACAAUGUAGCACGUCUAUUUCUCAGCAUUUAUUUGGAUAAUAACAAUGUUACUAUGAGAAGAAAAGAACAACCUUGAAGAUGAGUACUAAGAACAACCAAGAACAUACAAAACCAUCCCCAAGGAUGCAGGGCUUGGUGCAUCAGUCCUGUCCACCAUGAUGCUUUUGCUUUAUUUGAGUCUUAUAUAUAAAACCCAGACUGGCCUCAAACUCACUACAUAGCCUAGGCUGAAUUUAAUGAUCCUCCUGCCUCCACUCCCAAGUACUGAGACCAUAGGCAUGUACCACCACAUCUGACUAUUUAAAAUAUAAAACUUACCUGUAGCUCAGUGGGUAAAGCACUUUCGUGGGGUUUGCUUGAAUUAAUCUUGACAGUCUUGCUGGAAAAUGCAGUGCAAACUCCAGUUUAUUUACAGAAGAGUCAAGGGCCGGAUUAAAGGACUUGUCUAUGUUGGCGAUGAUCUUACUAUAGGACAUUCUUCCUCUCCUGUGGGACCGAUAUCAAAACCAUGGGCAUCUAUGUCUCAUAGGCACAGGGUUUAGAAAACACUUAUACAGGCAAGGGAUGACUACAUGACGGUUUUUACAGAAACAAGGUUCUGAUCGCUACAUGACAGAAGUAUUAGCAACUUCAUUUUAGGGACUCAUCAUCUCUUUAGCUCAUUUCUUUUCUGGCAAUUUUUAUAAAACUAGUCUGCAAGCUCAAUUGGGGGCUAAAAUAUCUCAUUGAAAAUGUUGAAACAUUUUAAGUAACUGUGAAAAUGGUUUUUAUUCCUUGCCAAUCUGGGAAUAUGCCUUUUAUGUAUACAUAUGUGUGUGUGUGUGCGCGCGUGUGUGCGUGUGUGUUAAAAUGCUGUAUUAGUGUAUAUGUGUGUGUAUGUAUAUGCGUGUAUGUGUAUGUUAAGUGCUGUAUUAGUGUGUGUUAAUACUUUUUGAAAGAAAAGGACACUUAAAAUAUGUAUCACCCCAAAACUUCAAUCUGAAAUGUCUUACAUUAAGAAUUUCUUGAAUGUUGUGUAUAUAUUUUUAAAAGCACUUUGUGAAAUAGUUUGUACAUUUAUUUCCUAAUUUAUACCUGAUUUUGGUGUUAAUAUAUUUAAUGAUUAAUAAUAUUGUUUAUUUAAUGUUUUGUUCAUUUUUAUGUAAUUUUGUGGGGAAAAGUGAUGCCAGUCUUUUUCAUUGCCUGUAUUAUAGCUUUUCUUCUGUAACAUGAAUGUUUGGAAAGUCCUAGGCUGAAAUGAACCUUUCGUGCAGGCGUGGUUGACUGUGUUUUAUUUUCUAUGACUCCUCCAACUGAAGGCCAGAAAAAAUGCAAAGGGAGAUUUAGAAAUCGCUGCUCAUUCUUCCUCCUGUUUCCCAACAUCCGUUCAACACUUGGUGAACUUGACCACUGAUGACUGGGGUUUUCAGAUGUACUGACCACUACCCACGGCUUAGCAGAAACUGCGCAUGUCAGGGGCUAUGGUUGGAUGGACAUCUCUGCAGACUUAACAUAUAGCACAGUGAGAGAUGGGAGAUGUCCGCAGAGGCACUGGGCAAACACAGGCCUGGCCCAGGAAGAAGGCCUCUUCCUUUCCUGUUGUACCAGUUUUCAGACGUGGGCUUCAGUAAUGAGUAUCCAUUCAAACUUGUAAAAAGAGAAAGACUUUCCAUUUCCAUUAAAACACUUUUUUAGCCAUUA